AUGUGGUCGAUCAGCGACCAGGUACCUGCUCAAGGCCAGCAAGUUGUGGGUAGCCCACACAAUGAGGGCUGCGUGUUGCUCUGGCACUACUCCGCGGACCACGUGCUGUCCUGCAGAGCCCGGACUUUCAAGAGUGACCACGGAAAAAUUCGCCAUAACUGA